GUCCAGUCAAAUUUUGAGAGGUUGCGAGACACAUUAAGAAAAAAAAUCUAGCAAAAUGAUUAAGUGUGCCCUACUUAUCUUUUGCACGUUAUCGGUCGCUCACGGAGCAGAAUGGUGCCUAAAACCAGAGCCGAUAAGCGCAUCUGUGGCUGAGACACCUGCAGAAAAAUCAACGUCAGAAACUCCUAAGGACACGCCAAAAUGUUCGCUGGAAUCACCCGAAUUGGUUACGGGACUACUUGUAAAUGGGACUCAGGACAGAAACGCGGACUUGUUGCCGUCCUGGGUCAAUCUCACCUUGGCUACGCAGGGUCAGAAGUGGGCUUCAGAGAAUAUCCCACUGAUUUCGGGAAGUCACAUUUUUGGACUUAUGUUCGUCCUCGCAUUUCCCGACCUCAAUGCCGUCCUGCUCUUUACGAACCAGUCAGAUACGGGAAAUCUUGCGAUGAAGCGAUAUGCGUCCACCAUUCAGCAAGUGAACACGUGGUACAACGGGUCCUUAAAAGAGUCGACGGACGACAACGAUAUCUUGUCCAGCUUGUUGAGAGUCCGAGGUCUUCACACGGCCGCCAUGAAGGCCGGAAACGAACGAAUGCAUGGCGAAAAUCCGAGACCAUUGAUCAACAAGGAACUUUAUGAACGUGUCCAGAUAGAUGAAGGAAUGUGGAAGGCGUUCGAGACAGACUUGAAAAAUUCUGAUGUUCCCGAAAAAUCGAGAAAAGUUCCGGAAAAAUAUUUUGGAAGGGAUGGCAAGUUUUUUGCGGUCAAUCAAUUUCAACAAGCAAUGACGCAAUUCGCUUUUAUCGGUUUUCCUGUCCUCUUCCCGGAAAGAAUAUUCUUGAUCGAUGCGAAAGAUGAGGAUUUGGUGGCUUUUAAUCACCUGUGGGCCGUGUUGGGGCACGCUCUGGGCAUCGAGGACGAGUACAACAUCGCACUCCAGCCCGAUUUAAAGACCACGAAGGAGUAUUACCAACAUAUUUACGAAAAUUGGUACCUUCCCCAAAUCUUUAAUCUGGACUUCCACACCAAAGUUUUAAUGGAGGCGCAACUACAGGGUUUCGAAAAAAUUGACGACAUUCUGACCCCGAGAACCCUGCUGUUGCGACUCCUACGAGACAUCGUCAAAAUUCCGGUGCCCAAUAUGACGCGAGAACUCACACCUAAAGAUCACGCCAAAAUGUUGCAGUUCCACGCGAAGGGCCUACACGGAUUUGUUUCUAAGAUUGCGGGUGACUUUAGGGAGAAUUUGAAAUCUAAAAUUCAAGGCUUCUUGAGCCGAUUGCCUUAAGAUAUUAAAUAUAACAUUUUUUAGAAAAUUUCUCUAAAAUGUGGAGCCAUUUAUAAAUCUGAUUUCUAAAUUUCUAGAAAUCUUACCCUUCAUAUUUUCAGUAUACUCACAAUUGAAAGUUUGAUGUUAAUGUGUAUUUUACUUUAGUUGCAACUUUAAACAAAUAUUUUCUGAUCUGAAUAAAAUAAUUGAGUAUGCUUUAAUCAUCUCCGUCCGAUAAACUUGCAAAAAUUUUGCAAAAUGGGCGUAUAAUUCUGAAGUUUGUGUCUAGCUAAUUUUUUAAAGGAAAGUUUUUAAAGUAAAUCAUUUUUGAGUGAU